AUGGUGAAAUUUAUAAAAAUAAUGGGAAGUUCAACAUCUGUCUCUGCUCAAUCUGGAGUCCAUGAAAAGCAGAAAUAUGACCUAAAACUUCCAUAUGAAAAUGACUUUAUUAUCCAAAUUCAAUUGCCAAACAAAGGAAACUGCUAUGAGUAUAAGUAUCCAGCAUUCAAGGACAAAAUAUCAUUCACCACGCUGAUGAAUUUAUUAUGCUUUGAAACUGAGUUUGAUGAAGAGUUAGAUUCAAAUUUCAUAUCCAGAUAUAAUAAAUCAAAGGACAGGUUCGAGUAUUUCGUGCAGAAACUUAUGGGAAUUGAAAUUGAAAAUGAGACUUCUCCAUAUAAAGGACAAAUGUGGGUCGUCUAUAUAAAUAAUUCCCAAUGGGAUUGGGAUGAAGUUUGUGAGAAAGACCUCAAUAUCUCUGUUAAAGACAAAAUCAUUUGGAAGUAUCAAAAAAGCUUAAAAAAUAAUUAA